AUGCAUCCUACUUUGGCCCUCACUGUGGCUUGCUUGCCAGCGGCUCUGGUCGCUGCAUCCAACAUCUCGUCCAACGGAACCACAGUUCCCGACUUUCAUCUCCCUCCCCAAAAUCUUACCAUCUACGGUAACAACUCGCUGUUCGCUCAAUGGAGAACCAAGGCAAGAUUUCGACCAUCCUCGAACCACAUCGGAGAUCCGACGGCCUUCUGGCAGGAUGAGCAAGGAGUGUUCCAUGUCUCUGGUCUAUACUCCUACCUGCGUGGCCCGAACAUAUCUAUCACUUCUUCCAUCGGCUCUGCCCUGACAUCAGACUUCCUGAGUUACGUGGAUGCUCACAACUAUACGAAUUCGUCUCUUUUCGUCAAUGGUGUCUCAAUCGGUCCUGGAAAUGAGAAUGACCCUCUUGCUGUCUUUGACGGUUCGGUUAUACCCAAAGGUUACAAAGGAUUGCCGACUUUGAUCUAUACUGGUGUGCACUACCUUCCGAUCUCAUGGAGCAAGCCAUACAUCAAGGGCAGCGAAGUGCAAACUCUGGCCUACUCCGAAGACAAUGGCGCCACAUGGAUCAAGCCAGACAUUGAACCAGUCAUUCCCGGUCCACCCGAGGGUUUCAACGUGACCGGUUUCCGCGACCCUUGGGUGUUCCAGGCACCUCAAUUUGCUAAGCUUCUGAAUGACACACCAGAGACUUGGUACUUGUCAGUUAGUAGUGGCAUCAGACAGGUUGGACCUCGUCUUCUUCUUUACAGACAGAACACCUCCGACUUCACCAGCUGGGAGUUCCUUGGACCUUCUGUGUCUGCUCCUGUAAACACUACCUUUAGCGCAGGCAACUUUUCAGGCAACGAUGGUUCGAACUACGAGACCUCGAACACUCUUUUCCUUGAUGAGAAUGGCGAGAACUUGGAAGACGGGGUCAACUUUGUAACCAUGGGUGCCGAGUCGGGUAGAGAAACACACAGCUUCCACUACUCUCUCUGGAAGAUGGGCAGAUUCGUACGCAGCUCUGUCAACGAGAGCGUAAUUCUCGAGGACCAUGCGACAGGUGUCAUUGACUGGGGAAUUGGAUAUGCCUGCACAACUAUGCCUGACUACAAGACCAACCGUCGUCUGGCAUUCUGCUGGAGCAACGAUGACUUCAACUCAACCAUCUCCGAACAGGUGGGCUACAGAAUCGGCUCCAGCGGAGUCUACAGUAUCCCGCGUGAGGUUUACUACAAGGAGAUUCCCGGAGUUGUCGCUGAUGAUCUCGCUGCUGAGAACGGCUACUGGUCUGUCGCUACCGAGUACCUGAACACUACUUUGGCAAAGGACGGAGUCGCAUUGGCCAAGGCUAACGGCAACGAUACCGUCAUACUCGCAACUCUAGGCUGCAAACCUGCUCGUGAGAUUCUUGGCUUCAGAAAGCAUGCCAACCAGAGCUGGACCGAGUCUGACUUUGAUGUUGAUGUGAAGUCGAUCAAGUCUAACUGCAGUGGUGUUGAAUUCACCGAGGAGGAAGGCGUGACUCGCGCCUUCAUUCCAUUCCAGCAGAGCCCCCACAGCCGCCACUGGGAGCUUCAAGCCACCGUUGAUAUUCCCGAGUCUUCUCUGCGCAACGAAGAGUACGAAGACUUUGCCGCUGGCUUCACCCUCCUUCACUCCAGUGCCUCAGCACCUUCAAACUACUCCGUCGAUGAUGCCGCAAUGCUCUACCGCCCCUCCAACGAGACCUUUAUGAUCACUCGUGAGGUAGCUCUCGGCCGCGACAACGUCAACACCGAUCCUGAAAUGGGUAAACUGCGCCUUUGGAACAUUUCUUCCACAAACACAGAGGGCAAGCAGAGCUAUGCUAUCCAGUCUCUCAACAUUCGCGCCUUUAUGGAUGGCAGUUUCUUUGAAGUCUAUGUCAACGACGUUCUCACUAUCUCUACUCAUCUUUACUACUGGUACAAGGACUCCACUCGCAUGGGCUUCUACCUUCAAUUCCCUGACACCUUGGCAAACUCGACUCUGGAUACUGGUGUCAAAUUCUCCAACAUUAGCGUUUGGGAGGGUGUGCCUAAUGUGUUCCCUAAGCGUCCCACUAAGCCUGCCGAGUUGAUUGACAAUGGUGUUGGCUUUGUACAGCCACCCAACAACCCUAACGUACCGUUAACUUAUGACGGUGUUGGUGCUCCGCCAUUGCCUCCUGCAGAGAACUUGCCUUAUGGUAUUGAUUUGAGCACUGUGGAGUAA